AUGGCCAACCUCAAGCAAUUCUUUACUAUUCUCCUUGCAAGCACCGCCAGCGCCGCCCAACUCCCUCGAGACGCAGCCAAGUCGACUCCCGCAGGCCCCUGCCCGCCGGCCAGCGACGGCACGUGCAAGCUGGUGCUCGAGCUCUCGGACCAGGACGACGGCACGCGGCGGGCCAGCCUGUACAGCGAGGAAUGCGACCUGAUCGGCUCCGUCGACCACCUGGUCUGGGACCAGGUGGCCGUGAUGAGCGUCGCCGCCGGGCAGGCCGAGUGGUCGCUCAAGAUCCUGCCCAAGUACUUCAAGCUGGGCCGGGCCGAGCCGCAGGACCACACCGAGUUCUGGUGGGGCCACGGCCGUGCCGCGCCCGACUGGGAGCUGUGGUCGUACGACACCGAGGACGCCUGGGUCAGCUAUGUCAACUUCAAUUGCUGGGAGACAGAUGGCGAGAUUGGCACUAGCGGCGCUCUGCGAACCACCGGAGUGCAGCGGGCUCUUCUUGCGGGCUUCUUGGGGGUUGCUUCCAAGUCCAACAUGUCCAACACCAACAGCAAAGACGCUGACGUGGCCUCUCUCGCAGGCUCAGAAGCUCCACUGCUUAAAGACAACACGACAACAGAGGCCAAGAAGCGGCCAACCCUGUUCGGCCGCAAGUCGUCGUCCAAGACAGCGCAAGCCGCGCCGUCGUCGUCUACGAUAACGACAACGACGACGACGACAACCACCGACACCAUCAGCAGUCUGUUUGACAAAUACCCCAACAUGACCUCCAAGACGAGCUUCCCCUAACCGCUUAUUCCUUGGUGCACGCUCUACGUAGAACCCGAUCCUCCGUACUACUGGUUCAUGUACUACUUUUAAGGGAGCUACGCGUCCAGUGUAAGUUGGGGGAGGGCGGGCUGUUUGAAGAGGUGCAGUUGGAUUCAAUGUCUAGACUCAGGGGUGGUAGUUACUGGCAGUGAUACCUCAGGAGGGAGGAUGUCUGCGAGCGUGGUCCAUCUGGGCUAAUUGAGCUGAAGGUUCAAGACUGGCAAAUAAUAAGUGGAAGGGGGGGUUAUCAUGGCCGUCAUUCCCCCUUGCCUAACCAUUGCUAGCUGACGGGGCUUUUUGUCGUAACCAUUCGCGGCAUCUACGUAAGGUAGCUAGUUCCACCUACUAGGGAGAAACUCGUCUUGUGUUUUUAAAGAUG